AUGAAGCAUAUAAUUUUUCUUUUAAUACUUGCGCAAUAUGUUUUCGCUAAAGAAACAGCAUAUUAUGUAGCCCAGGGUGGCGAUCUUUUCGAUUUGAUACGUGGUAUUCCUCCAAAGGAAGGUGCUUUGAAGUUGAGCAAAUUGGAGGGAUAUAGUAAAGAUUCUCUGCCUGAUGGAAUAUACUAUAUACCGCCUGAUGAUGAAGUUCUUGCAUCAGAAGAUACUCCACAUCUAUUAACAUUAGAUGUAAAUGCGAAGAAACCGGUGGAUAGCGACAAAAAACCAGUUCCAACGGCAGACGAGCACAAUAAUCAUGAUUCAUAA